AUGUCACAGAGUGCACACUCAAAAUCGUCUAAGACAGGUGGAGGCAGCCCAACUGCACCCACCAGAAUAGUGGACUUGGAACGAGGAAGGCGCCAUUCAUCAUCUUCUAACAAGAACAUGCAAAACACCUCUGACUUACUCCGUGGUAGUGGCAUAUCCAACGUCCACUUGAUUGACUUGGUAGAUACCACUCAAGCAACUGAUGGCUUUGCCACCUUUCCGGGCAGGAUGGACAACGCAUCAAGCAGCUCGAACAGCGAUAUCGUCGCCCGUGGUGGGGGGAAACGAAGCAUCAUCUUUGCCUUCCUCAUCUUUUUGGUCGGUGCCGGUGCCAGCGCUGCAUUUUUGAGUAUUGGCAUACUCCACGCCAAACAGGACCAAGCGAAUCAAUUCGACCAGCUUACUUCUGAGUUUGUGGUCAAGCUGCAAGAUGCAUUCCAUGACUACGAGUUGUUUGGAUUGUGGAUCGUGGAGUCGUGCCGUGCUCGUGAAGGUGUCAGCGCUCGAAAUGGCAGCAGUAAUGUAUUGGGUAUCUGUAGCAGACAAGACUUCCGUGAGCUCUAUAUUCACAUCCGGAGAGUUGGCCUCGAGUUUCAAAGUGCUCAGUUCAUGCCCCGAGUUUCACGUGAUGAACGAGAAGCGGUGGAAGCAUCAUCCCGAAGCUUCUACAAAGACAAAUAUCCGCAUGUAAACUAUCGAGGCGUUGUCGGGCUGUUUAUCGACGAUGAAGGGGUCAAAGUAGAGCCACAAGACGAAAGGGACUUCUACUGGCCCGUACACUACGUUGAACCGGUUGUGGGCAACGAGGCAGCCAUUGAGUUGGACCUGUACUCGAGCCCCACGCAGCAAAAGACCAUUGAACAUGCGACCUCCAGUUGGUUGCCCAGUGUCACGGAUCGGUUGAAGCUAGUUCAAGAAACAGAUCCCAAUGCCUACUCCAUUAUCAUCCACCAUCCUGGGAUUCCUUUGAGCCCGCACAACUCUACUGGUGCUGUUGCCAAGCCCAGCGCCAUUUCCCUGAUGGUGAUUCGUAUGCCUGCGCUACUUGCUCGAACCAAUGCAGAUGCCUCCAACUCUGCUUCUUUUUACAUCUAUGAUGCCACCCACAAGGAUGAGGAUCCUGUCUUCCUCGGUGCCCACACAUCUUACGCACAGCCUGAUGGUGUGGUGACCUUUCGUGGCUUGCCAGAACUCUCCUUGGUAGACCUUGAAGCCAGCGUCAAGACUCCCUUUGCUUUGCGCAAGGUCUCAAUAGCGGAUAGAGAAUGGAAAGUUGUCGUGGUCGCACUUCCUGAUACCUAUGAGCCCCAAAUUGGUAUUGUCGUUGUUGGUGGUGUGAUCAUAGCGAUGGCCUCUCUCAUCUUGAGUACCUGUUUCUGGUUUCACAUGAGUCAUGUCAAGAAGGUCAAUGCUGAGAAGGCCCAGAUAGUGGUCGACACAGCGAGGCAACAGGCCCUCGCUGAACGGCAGCUCAAUGAUUAUGUUGCACAUGAGGUCCGCAAUCCAUUGUCGAGCGCGAUCGCUGCCCUUAGUUUCGUGACAGCGGCUGCCCAGGAACCGACUCAGACGAGUGAGGACAAGAAGAACAUGAUUGCAGAUUUGCAAAUUGUGGAUUCGAGCUUGCAGUUCAUAAACGAGCUUCUUCGAAAUAUGCUUGAUAUGCAUCGGGCAGCCAAUCAACAAAUGGAAGCCACGAUGGCACCAACAGAUAUAUUGAGGGACGUGUUUGAGCCGGUUGCCAGUAUCCUCUACCUCCGGGGCAACAAGGUGAAAAUAAUGAUGGAAUGCCCACCAAAUAUUGUUGUCAUGAGCGAUCGGCUUCGGCUGAAGCAGAUUGUGAUGAAUCUUGCCAUGAACUCAACAAAGUUCGUUCAAAAGGGCUUUAUCAAGCUCAAGUGUGUAACUAUCGAAGCCUCAAACGGGGCACAGUCCGUGCAGAUCCAUUUAGAAGAUUCAGGACCAGGUAUACCGCCUGAGAAACGUCAAAACUUGUUUGACAAAUUCCAGGAAUCAUUGGACCUUCUGAAUCAGGGAAUUGGCAUAGGGUUGUGCUUGUGCAAGCACUUGACCAACUUGAUAGGGGGAGAACUCUAUCUCGAUGAGGAGUACGACAGCGGCGUGCAAGGAUGCCCGGGAACGCGCUUCGUCGUAGACUUGCGCACCCCUCCUGUGGAUGAAACCAUUUGGGACGAGCGUCAGACUUACCCGUUGGGAGCUACCGGUACAGAGACCCAUGGCAACCUAACAGCUACCGAACAUGGGGACGCAUCCAUCUACGUGGAGGAAGCCAAUGUUCAGAAUACCCCGGACGAGUACGAGACUGAUAAUUGCGAUCAAACCACACCUCAGCCUCCUGCGGCGCUCUCGCCAGCCCCGGAGCGGCCAUCGCGUGGAGGAACACAGCAUCAGCAUGGCCAAUCCUACCACCCCCGAAACACUCCAAAAGACCUGCCAGAGUCACUUAAAGUCCUGUUCACGGACGACGACACAAUUCUGCGGAAGCUCUUCUCCCGGUCGUUGCGACGCAUUGCACCGGGAUGGGAAGUACAUGUAUGUGACAUCAAGGCUACGAUAAUCUUUAGCGGUGCCAUGGUAGUGGCGUUGAGUUUGGGAAGUGUCGUCUCACCCACUCGUUUCCGACUGCCACCUUUUCCAGGAAGCAGCCAGUGGGGAAAGUUGUAUACGCCUGUGCGAAACGAACGAGUUUGA